AUGGGUGGAGAAUUGAGAGAUUGCAGCCUGUUACUUGUUCCUUUUUUUCUAUUACUUUGCCUGUUUUCAUCCCAUCAUUGCUUUGCAAUUUACAACAUUACUCAGUCUCAGGCAUUGUCUGAAGGAAAAACUCUCAUCUCCCCGGCCCGCAUUUUCGAGUUAGGCUUCUUCAGUCCCAACACUUCGGAAAAUAAUCGGUAUGUGGGAAUUUGGUACAUAGGAAUUUCUCCGAAAACACUUGUAUGGGUCGCCAACAGAGAGAAUCCACUUAGAAGUACAAAGUUUCCAGCAAGUUUAAAGAUCAGCAACAAUGGAAAUCUAGAGCUUGAAGAUGGAAACAACAGUUCUGUCUGGUCAACCAAUGUUCACGUGCCGUCGCAUAGUUCAAUUGUGGUUCUUUCGGACGAUGGAAACUUGAUUCUCAAAGAUGGGAUUUCAGGAGAGAAUUUAUGGCAGAGUUUCGAUCAUCCCUGCGACACGUUCUUACCAGGAAUGAUACUAGGUUUCAAUGCCAAAACAGGACAGAGCUCUGUCCUAACUUCUUGGAAGAGUGACACCGAUCCAUCGCUUGGGAAUUUCACCGUCGGGAUUUCGUCAAAGUCGAGGCCAGUACAAGUUUUUCUUUGGAGCGGAUCAACUCCUCGCUGCAGAACUGGCCCAUGGAAUAGAUUGAAGUUCAAUGGCGUGCCGGAAAUGAAUGUGUCAUACCGAAGCCCAAUGACUGUCGUGGAAGACGCAUCGCAGAAAGUAUCGUACAUCUCUUUUAACUCAUACACCAGCUCCUUCCUCUCAAGGGCUUUCAUUUCAUCCGAAGGUGUUUUCAAGUUUAUGAUAAGUGUUAAAGGCGAUGGUAAGUGGUAUACCAAAUGGCAGUCAACAGAUAAUCCCUGUAAUAGAUAUGGCGUUUGUGGACCUAAUGGGAUAUGUAAGGCGUCUCAGUAUCCGAUUUGUAGGUGUCUGAAAGGCUUCGUGCCGAGAGCAUAUCAAGAGUGGAGCAAAGGAAAUUGGACGCAAGGAUGCGCGAGGAAAACCAAACUAUUUUGCGAGAAAAACACUAGCACCCCACCUUCGCGGGGAGGAAAAAGAGAUGGUUUUCAAAAGUUUGGUAGUAUGAAACUUCCUGAUUUUUAUGAAUAUCUGUUCCUCGCGACGAGCUCGGAUAUUUGCCGUACAAAGUGUGUGGAUAAUUGUUCUUGCAUAGCUUAUGCGUAUGUAAAUGAUAUAGGAUGUUUGGUCUGGUCGAAAGAUCUUGUUGAUGAUCAGGAGUUUUCCUCAGGCGGAGAAGAUUUUUUUCUUCGUCUUCCGCACGCAGAACUAGUUGGAGGACACAAAACGAAGAAGAUUAUCAUCAGCCUUGCAACUCUUCUUUCUAUUGUGACAUUCGGUGCCAUACUGAUACUAUUGAUUGUUUUGCACAGGUGGAGAACUAACCAAACAAUAAGAGACAGCUCAAGAUCCACACUAAAAUAUUCAGAUCAGACUGAUGCAUCCGAGUUUCCUCUUUUCGACUUCAAUAGCAUUUUAGUUGCUACUGAUAACUUCAACAUAGAAAACAAACUUGGGGAAGGAGGAUUUGGCUCUGUGUACAAGGGUAUACUGCAAGAUGGGACAGAAAUAGCGGUGAAAAGACUCUCUAGUAACUCAGGACAAGGCAUGGAAGAGUUUAAGAAUGAGAUACUAUUGAUCUCCAAACUUCAACAUAGAAAUCUUGUUAGGCUGAUUGGAUGCUGCAUUGAGAAAGAAGAGAAAUUGCUAAUAUAUGAGUUCAUGCCUAACAAAAGCUUGGAUCAAUUUGUCUUCGAUGGAAGAAGAAAAGCACAACUUGAUUGGCCUACUCGUUUCAACAUUAUAAGCGGUGUUGCUAGAGGUCUUGUGUAUCUCCACCAUGAUUCCCGUUUAAGAGUAAUACAUAGGGAUUUGAAAGUCAGCAAUAUUCUCUUGGAUGCGGAGAUGAACCCCAAAAUAUCAGACUUUGGGUUGGCCCGUAUUUUCCAUGGGACAAAAGAUCUUGCAAAUACUCGUAGGAUCGUCGGAACUCUAGGUUAUAUGUCUCCAGAGUAUGCGUUACGUGGGAUUUUUUGUGAACGAUCAGAUGUCUUUAGCUUUGGUGUGUUGAUAUUAGAGAUAGUCUGCGGUAGAAAGAACACCAGCUUCAAUUUUGAUGACCAACACCAAAGUCUUAUUGCUUAUGCAUGGAAUUUGUGGAGUGAAGGCAGAGAACUAGAAAUGAUGGAUACAGCAUUGGAAGAGUCAUAUUCGUCAUCAGAAGCAAUGAGAUGCAUACAUGUUGGGCUUCUCUGCGUCCAAGAUCAUGCUGUUGAUAGGCCGACCAUGCCUGAUGUCGUUUUCAUGCUAAGCAAGGAAACAGAUCUACUCCAGCCCAAACAACCUCUUUUCACUUUCCAAGGGUCGUUCUUAUGUGAGCUUCAAGAACAAAACCACAGUAAAUGUUCGGCAAAUGAAGCCACAACAUCGAUCGUUGAAGGUCGAUAAGUUUUGAUUAGUGCUAAUUUGAGUGGUGACAUAGAGCACA